GUGAAUCUUGGAAGAAAUGGGACCUGUGGCAUUAACAUGGACUAAAUGCAAUUUUUUAGAUUGGUUAAAUACAGCAGUUGGUACAAACAUAUCCGAUAUAAGAUAUUAAUUUUAGGUUGCGGUGGGAUAAAUGUGAGGAGAAUGUGGGCACCGACAAUAAGUAAAUAAAGUUGCAAAUGUCAAUGGUGAGAAUUGAACUGAGAAAAUGAUUUCUUAGUUUUCUUUCAACUUUUUAAACGCAGCCGUCGCCAUUUUGUGUGUUUAGCAACAACCACACCGAGGAAGUUGGCAUUGCCGAGAUGUCCGUGAACGCAGCAGAAAAGGAUCAACCUGUGAGGAGUCCCACUCGCGGCGGACGAACACAAACUAGCAGCAAGUUAGCACAACAAUGACACUUUAGCGCCAGCACAUGUUCAUUCGCCGAAGCUUCGUGAGCGUGGGCGACUUUUAGUUAGGCGGGGAGACGGUCGACCGUCUGCAGCCAUUGUUGAGAGUUGUCAGUCGGAUGGAAGUGAGUGAGACAGGUCGACUUUGAAGACAGACAGGUCGCACUCAAAAAACACUUAUUUUUUGGGGGGAAGAGUGGGGACUUUUAGGUUCCGAUGUCCACCGUAAACUUCGCGGAGGAGCUGGACUUUGGACUCAUCUUCGAGGAGGAGGGGAGACAAAAUGCAGCCGGCGUCCGCGUGGGGACGCAGCAGCAGGCCGAGAUCCAUCAGCCACUAGCCCCGCCCCUCUACCAACAUGGCGGCUGCUCCUCGCAGGUGCCUGCGUACAGAAUCCAGGGGAACCACAGGCCCUUCGACUGCCCCAGCAUCCAGAUCACCGCCAUCGCAGCCAACAACCACGCCACCCAGCACGCAGGGGCCGUGGGCGGAGUCGAGGGCGGCUACCUGGAGGCGUCCUGGUCCAGGGACCAACUGUACCUCCCCCUGGACCCGUGUUACCGCGACCCGGCGUUCUGCCCGAGCCCCUGCAGCAGCCUGUCCUCACGGAGCUGGGUGUCGGACCUGUCAGACGACGUGGAUGGCGAGCUGCGGGACGCGGCGCUACUGGCCCUGGGCUCGCCGGGCUGCGGGGGCGGAGCCUUUGGCGUGGAGCUGUGGCAGCAGAAGUACCAAAACGCCACCGCCUUCAGCCCGGCGCUGUCGCCUCACCAGUCGCCGAGUCAUUCGCCGCGCGCCAGCGUCACAGAGGACAACUGGCUGAGUCGCCGCCCCCCCUCCAGGCCCUCAUCCAGACCAACGUCCCCCUGUGGGAAGAGGCGGCACGCCAACGCCGAACCCUUCGCUCGCUCGCCUUCUCCUCAGCACUCUCCCAGCGUCACGUCGGGCACCUCGCCGCACGGCAGCGUGACAGACGACAACUGGCUCCCCGCCCUCGCACCCUCGCUGGCGUGUGGAUUCCAGGAGCUGGACGUCCCGUCCAAGACCAGACGGACGUCCGGGACUCAGCUGACCCUCCUGGCGGGUCCAGGCGAUCCAGUUCCGGAGGAGCUGAGGGGCGUGGCGCCCCCAGGGGAGGAGUCAGGUGACCGUGACGGCCUGGCGGACCUUUACCUGCAGGUGCCGUUGCACUUCAGCUGGACCACGCCCAAACCCGGGGCCCCUCCCCUUUUCAGAAACGCAUCGCCGCCGCCUCUGGACUCGCCGCUGCAGAGCCACUUUGAGCACAACGAGCUGAGGCUGGAGGUGCAGCCCCGCCCCUACCACAGGGCGCACUACGGGACGGAGGGCAGCCGCGGCGCCAUCAAGGCGGCGAACGGAGGACACCCCUUCGUCAAGGUGAGCGGUCCCUGCGAGGGCCCCGCCACCUUGCAGCUCUUCAUCGGCACGGCAGACGAGCGCCACCUCCGUCCUCACUCCUUCUAUCAAGUCCACCGCGUGACGGGCAAGACGGUGACCACCGCCUGCCAGGAGAAGCUGGUGGACGGCACCAACGUCCUGGAGGUUCCGCUGCUUCCGGAGAACAUGUCCGCCAGCAUCGACUGCGCGGGAAUCCUGAAGCUGCGCAACGCCGACAUCGAGCUGAGGAAAGGCGAGACGGACAUCGGCAGGAAGAACACCAGGGUGCGCGUCGUGUUCAGGGUCGCCAUCCAGCAGUCGGACGGCUGGACGCUGUGGCUGCAGACGGCGUCGAUCCCCGUCGAGUGCUCCCAGCGCUCCGGUCAGGAGCUUCCUCACGUGGAGAGCUUCAGCCCGCGCAGCUGUGGGUGGCGGGGGGGAGAAGAGCUUUGCAUCAUCGGCGCCAACAUGUCCGCUCAGUCCAGAGUUGUCUUCAUGGAGAAAAGUCCUGAUGGACGAGUCCUGUGGGAGACGGAUGCCAUGGUCUUGCCCGACAAAAGCAGCGGCUCCGGCAUGGCGGUGGAAAUCCCGGCGUACGGCGGCACCGCCGGCACUCCCGCCCAAGUCCUCUUCUACGUCUCGAACGGCAAGAGGAGGAGGAGCCCGGGUCAGAGCUUCACGUACCUGCCGGCUGACGCCAAGCUGCUCCCCCUCGCCGCCGGCCAGGUGGUCAAACAAGAGCGCUGGGAGGUGAACGCUGUGUCCCACAAUGCACCCGGCCUCCUCAUAGCGGCGCUCGGCUGCACCAUCCUCCACCUCCUCCCCCCCUGCUCGCCGCCCUCGACGUCACCGCCCACAAGGACGCCUGGUUGUGGGAGCCGGGCGGCGGGCUCAGCAUCAAACAGGAGCCUGAGAACACGCCCCCUGCGGCCUCACUGGGCCUACAAGAGAUCACGCUGGAUGACGUCAACGAGAUCAUCGGCAGAGACGUCAGCAGCCUCAGCGGCGCCCGCCCCGACCCGUUGGACCAGCCCCGCCAGUACAACUGGGAGUACAAGUCCAGCGACGUCGCCUUGCCGUAGUACGGCGCCGCAAGUGCCUCUUUUUACAGUGGGCGGAGCCAAGCAACGCUUCAGCGACAAAACUUUUUAUUGCGGUUUAUUUAAAAAGCUGCUGGUCCGGGUCCAUUUGAACAAGGCAGAACUCUUCCACCGCCCGCGGCGACGUCCAGCAGCUCCGAGUACACGUGUAGACCAGAACCGUCCCGAACUCCAGAUCGGCCUCGCCCCCGCCGUCCCUCCAGCGCAGCAGGCUGACCAGUGCGGGCAUCAGCUGCAGCUCCAAGGUCCGCGGGCCUCCGCAAGAGCCGCACGGCGCCACCAGCUGGCCCGCGUCCGCCGGCGGCUCCGAGAUGAAGAGAGGCGGUCCUCCGCGACAAUAACGCAGGAUCUGCUGCGGACACGACGAGAUCCUCUUCGUGAACCUGGAGAAGACGGCGUCACCGUGACGGGCUCGGCUCUUCUCGUACUUCUCCUCGCCGCCUUUCUCCCCGCCGCCUCUCUCCCCGCCGCCUCUCACGGCCAUGCCCUCUCUCCUCUCGUAGUCCCUCAGCAGAUCCUCGGCGUGCGCCAGCCCUUCUUCCUCCUCCGCCGCCACAUCCGACUCAUCCACCACGCUGAUGAAAAAGGCACGCAGGAGGGGACUGUCCACCUGCCCCUCUGCAAGAUGGAGGAGGCCGAGUCCGUUGACGACGUCCCCUUCAGGCGCUUGGCAAAAUUCUGCAACGUAAAACACACAAUCACAGUUGUCGUUUAAAAAAAAUAACAUUUUUGGCCUAAAUUUAAGCAUAAAAAUGUCUAAAUGAGCUCAAAAUAUCAAUACUAGAGUAGUAUUGACACCAAACCAUUCAGAACGUGCUACUCAGUAUCGUGGCUUCUGAUUGGCUCAGCCCCAGACAGCAUUACUAGGUCUUAAUUGGUGUGUAGAGGACUCUGAAUGGUAAACCGUACUGGGUCAGACAGAUUUUCUGGCUAUGAAAAUAUUAUACAUUAAUAUUGAAUAAUUCCUACUUUGUGGAAAUUAAUUUGCCAAUUAUAGCGAUAAAUGACGUUUUAAUAGUGGCGAAUGCGACACAAAUUGACAGAUUUAAAUAUCUGUAAAGACGGACGUGAAUAAAUUAUGAAACAUAUCACCUAACU